AUGUCAACGUGCGUUAAACUUGAACCUGAAGAUGAUUUUAUGUCAUCUUAUUUGAAUACAGAUUACUUAUCUGCAGAAGCACCUUUAUCACCGCCCAAUUCAACCACAUCCUCAUCAUCAUCCACAGGUGGAUACUCACCCGAAAAGCAAGCAGUCAGUGAUUUUAUGCUGGACAUGAGCAGUGAUUUAUUGCUAAAUGAUUGGCCAACGAAUACAGUCCAUCUUGAUGAAUAUAGUCAACAGAACCCUCAGGAACCAAAUAAUGACUUUUUUCACUCAUUUACAACACCCUUCUUUUUACCCACUGGGUAUUUACCUAAUGCCAUACCAGUUGAACAACCCAAAAAGAAGAGAGGACGAAAGAAGCGUGAGGUACCACCAGCGAUGCAGCCUGCACCACCUAGCUUAUUAGCGCCUAAACCACUCGCACCUCGUCCUACCACGCCUGUUCCAAGCGAGCCAAUCGUUGUUAAAAUUGAAAAAGAUGAAGUACAGCAGGAACUGACAGAAGAACAGGAAGCUCAAAAACAGGCUCAACUUGCAAAAAGACAAGAGAGGCUAAUAAAGAAUAGAGCAGCUGCCUUAUUAUCUCGAAAACGAAAAAGAGAACAUGUAAAUCAAUUAGAAGAAGAAAAUCAAAAACUGCAUGGCAAAGUAGACGAGCUGGAAAAGAGAGUGAAGGAACUGGAAAAAGAAAAUUCAGAACUGAAACAGAGAUUAUCGUCCAACCACAGUCAUACAAAAUCAUCGACAACCAAGGCAACAGGCGUCGUAUUCAUGAUUCUUUUAUUUUCUUUUGCCCUUUUCACUUUACCUUCAAGGUCUCUGAAUGGUCGCCUAACUGUAGGCGGGUCUUCAUUAAUGAUAAAUAAGCAGUAUCCUUUGAUUGAAAGUCCAAGUCAGUACGAUGUGAAACCAUAUUACCAUGAAAACCACCAGCAGACAGAUCUCGUCCUGAUUGACUCUGUACGACCACGUGACUUGCAAACGUGGAUUAACCACAAGCUAGAAAAAACAGAAAGUAGCGAAAGUAGCCAUGUCUAUCUGUAUUCGAAGGAAUUCUCUCAGAUGGCUUCACCCAUGACUCCAAGCGUGAUCUAUAAGGGCAAACCCAUGUUGUCCCUUAUUUCUCCUUAUAAUCAAACAUCAGAGAUUUGUGAUCGGUAUUUACAAAUUGACGUACAAGUCCUAGGUUCAAAGGUGAUUGAUGGUCACUUGAUGUCCUUGCAGCAGUAUGAAUACCCCUCUGCAUUAUUAGAUGGCAUGAAAAAGGGCUUGAUUACGUAUCCACGUACUCCUACCAAAAAGAACUUGAGCCGUGUCAUUACUUAA